AUGACAAUUAAAACGUCUUCUUGGGUUUUACAGGAUCAACAAGGCAUCGACAGUCUAGAACUAGUUGAGGACCACCCCGUUUCCACUCUGGGCGACAACGAUGUCCUAGUCAAGCUAUAUGCCGCAUCGCUGAAUUACCGAGACAUAGUAAUUGCCAAGGGCGAACCCCAACUUCUAUGCUUUACGCCCGGUGUUACCCCUGGUUCUGACGGCGCAGGUAUUGUCACAGAAGUCGGCUGCCAGCUGCCUGCGUUUCAGGCACCAAGCUUCUCUGAUAUCAACUCCGGGCUAGGACAACACCUGGAUGGAACGCUACGCUCUAUUGGCACUUUCCAUGAAUCAGCUUUGGUUUCCAUGCCGUCGGGCCUGAGUUACCUAGAAGCAAGUACUUUGACUUGCUCCGGGCUCACUGCAUGGAAUGCCUUGUUUGGGCUUGCUGGACAUGCGCCUCGGAAGGGCUCUAUUGUUCUUGUGCAAGGCACUGGUGGUGUUGCGAUAGCUGCUUUGCAGUUUGCGCUAGCUGCUGGCUCGACUGUCAUCGCCACAACCAGCUCAGAUAUCAAAGCCGAGCGACUGAAAUCCCUCGGUGCACACCAUGUUAUCAAUUACUGCACGAACCCUAGGUGGGGCGAGACUGCGAAGAGUCUCACGCGUGGUGGCAAGGGCAUUGAUAUCGUCGUCGACGUAGGCGGUCUGUCUACUCUCCCACAGUCCUUCAAGGCUGUGCGCACGGACGGCCUCAUUGCUGUGACAGGAAUGCUUGGCAAGCCGGAGGAUCAGGCCGCCGUGCCUUCUAUGAUGGAUUGCUUGAUGAACGUGUGCACAGCCAGAGGUCUUCUGCUUGGAACUCGUGACCAGUUCAAUGAGAUGAACAAAUUCAUCACGGACAAGGGCAUUAAGCCUAUUGUUGAUGAUAAGGUUUUCGAGUUUAAAGAUGCCAAGGAGGCAUAUAGAUACUUGGAGCAACAGAAGCACUUUUCCAAAGUGUGCAUUCGAUUGGAAUAA